UAUGCAUCAAUUCAUCAUUUAAAAGUACUUAGCAAAACCAGACGUGAAUCCUUGUCGGACUUUUCAAAACAUUUCAAAAUUUCGUGUAACUUUUUUAGCAAACCCUUUUUUAGAAGCCGUUAUUUAGCAGGUGAUCUUAGAUCUCGUUUAUAUGGCUGAAGGAGGGCAGUACAGUUUCUCCCUGACCACAUUCAGUCCAUCGGGAAAGCUGGUCCAGAUAGAGUAUGCCUUGGCAGCUGUCGCCGCUGGAGCACCCACCGUUGGCAUCCGAGCUGCUGAUGGCGUUGUUGUGGCCACGGAGAAAAAGCAGAAGAAUCAGUUGUUCGAAGAAGAAACUGUUGUGAAAGUCGAGGCGAUAACCAAAAACAUCGGAAUGGUUUAUUCUGGUAUGGGUCCAGAUUUCCGGCUCUUGGUAAAAAAAGCCCGAAAGAUCGCACAGGAAUACAAGAUGAUGUAUCAAGAGAACGCACCCACUGUUCAACUAGUACAGCGAGUCGCUGCGGUUAUGCAGGAGUAUACACAAUCGGGUGGAGUGAGACCGUUCGGGGUCUCGUUGUUAAUUGCUUCCUGGGACAAUAAUCGCCCUUAUUUGUUCCAAGUUGAUCCGUCCGGGUCAUAUUUUGCGUGGAAAGCGACGGCGAUGGGAAAAAACUAUAUCAACGCUAAAACGUUUCUUGAAAAAAGGUUUUCUGACGACAUGGUCAUCGAGGAUGCAGUUCACACCGCUUUACUCACCCUGAAAGAAAGCUUCGAUGGCCAGAUGACGGAAAGCAACAUUGAAGUGGGAAUCGCAACCGCCAAGGAUGGAUUCCGCUUGCUAUCAACAGCAGAAAUUAAAGACUACCUCAAAUCUGUGGUGUAAAUUUUUUUAUUGAUCCUGAAACCGAUACUGUCAGUGUUUUCUUUUUAUGAUUAUACUUUUAACUUGCUUGACGAAUUGCUACCCUUUUUCUGUUGCUUUCCAUAAGGCAUAUGUUUUGCUUUUAAGGGAUUUGGCCCGGUACAUAGCACCAAGAUCGUGAACAUCCAGG